AUGUCUUCACUGGAGGAGAGAGAAGUAGGCGUAGCGGCCGCCCCUGGCUCCUCCUCGGCCGGCCUGGGGGUCGGGGCCGUGGGGGCAGCGGUUGAGGCUGUCGCCGGGGUUGCAGCCAUGCAGGAGGAGGUCGGGAUGCGGCGAGAAGGGCCCGAGCCAGACCAAGACGAGCCGCCCAAGAAGAGGGUCAAAAUUCCCGAGGGAGAGUCAGGAAAGCUGGAGGAGAGACUGUACUCUGUGCUGUGCUGCACCGUGUGCCUAGACUUACCCAAGGCGUCUGUAUACCAGGUAAACAAGGUGUCAAUCACAAACCCUCCCCACAUAACUCUAAAACCCCCGUCAAACAACAGAGAAACAGCUCGACCCCUGAUAUCUGAACCUCCCCCCAUGUGUCCAACCCAUGACCCCCCCAGAGUCAACCUGUUGAAUAUCUUGCACAUUUUCUUCUAAAUUUAGAGAUACUUUAUCCAACACAGGCCCCUCUUGUCUUAAUGCAGCAGCCUGGGACACCAGACACACCCAGACCCUGUGUCAGCUGUACCGGCUCCAGUUAAUAAUGUGAAUUACCCUCAGAUGACCCCAGGAAGAACCCCAUCCCCAUAAAAACCCCACACAGGGACUCAUUCAAAACUCAACCUAAAUUAUAGAUUUGAUUAAUCUUUGCCCUUUGACCCACAAUAACACUCUCCUCAGAGACCUCAGCUGCUCUUUUCAGUGUUAAGUAAGCACAUUUAUAGUAAAUCAUUGUUCAGCUGGUCUUAAACAUCUACACACCUUUUCUGUAACAUGAAGCACAUGUUUUUACAGUUAAACAAUUACAGAAUACAGUCUUAACACAUCAAGUCCUUUAUUACAAAACAUCAAGCCCCUUAAAAAGACUUACAGACCGACAUUUUAAAAAAUUAUAAAAUAACCACACACUACCUUCAAAAAUCUCUUUUUUAAGCUCUCAUAUUAUGUUCAGUCCCGUCACCAGUUUAAAAUAUACUGAGAAAACUGAAUAGAAAAAUUGGUCCAAUCCCACCCAACCAUGCCUGAUAUCAUUUUCUGCAGCAUCAUGUGGUUCGCAUCAAGUCUUGUAAAACAAAAACUCUAAAUAGUCCCAGACUGUACUCAAGAAUGUCACUAAAAAAUCAAAAGUAGCUCCAGUGAUCGGCCUUGAAUCAGCCAUAACCCUUGCAGCAAAUUGUUCACAGUUGUGUCAUAAGAUCAAACCAGAUGAUGUGUUCAAUGUCAAUUUUUCCACUUCUCCCUGUACAUCCGAAUCAAUCAUUGUCUGUUCCUCUCCAACACUUUUCUUGGUUGUCACCCUAAAUUCUCUCUUUGCUGCAGUGUACCAACGGGCACCUGAUGUGUGCAGGCUGUUUUAUCCACCUCCUGGCUGAUUCUCGUCUAAAGGAGGAGCAGGCUACAUGUCCCAACUGCAGGUACAAAGAGCUCCCUGAACAUGGAAACCGACACAGGGCAGAUCAGGAGAGGCUGUUUAUUGCAGUUAUCAUCGCUGGUCGAGAAGUCUCUUCUUAAAGAUUUAUUUUACAGCUUUUUGCCUUUAUUGUCAGGACAUUAAAUAGAGUAGAAACAGAGUGAGAAAGAAGGGGGGUGACAUACAGGAAAGGGGGCCACAGGCUAGAAGCCAACCUGGGCACCUGUUUGAGCCAUAACCUCCGUAAAUAGGGCGCGUGUGUAAACGGGGCCCCUGGUAUUGGAUCAUUUAACACAGUAAUGUUUAGCGUUCAGCGUCUCACAUACUUUUCACUAUUACUUCAAUUUUUUAGGUUUUUUUUUUACAGUUACAUCAUUAAAGCAAUGUUAAUUUUGUAAAACUGAUGGAAGAUUUGCCAUAUUUGCUUCUGCUAAUGUUGACUUCUGUGGUUUGUUUUCAAGUUCUUCACGUGAGAGUAUGUGACUUUUAACAGCCGCUAGACUUUAAAAAGUGUGAGUUUGAUUUUAAUCAGCAGGAAAGCUCUAAAUGUUUGUGACAAAUGAUUUGUCGAAACCCAGAUUGAUUGAUUAUCAUGGAUGUAGACAUUACAUUAAAUGCAUUAAUACAUUUAGAGUAUAAGCAAGGACAAGACUGCUUCACAAAGUUAAAGGGAUAUUAAAUUAAUUUAGGGUCAAACACACCGUAACACAGUUACACGCCCUCACAGCGGUCUAUGUCUCCACAUGCAAACCUCAACCAAAACGCCACUCUAUAACCACAAAUAAUGCUCAGAACAGCACCUAACUUCAUCAACAGUACAUAUAGGGUUCCAGCCAUAGCACUAGCCACCAAACAUCUUUUUAGCUUUGCCUGAUUUCUUUAGCAAAGAGACUAAACACAACUCACCUACUCCCUUCCAGCAGCCGCUUGUUUGUAGCGAGACCUCAACCAGUCCAUCAUUGAACUGAGGCAGGGGGACGCAGCUCAAGGAAGAACAUUUAUGAUCACUUCUUUAUCAUUUCCUUGAAGUAAUAAUCACCAUAUUAAUUUUGCACUGCAGACGCGGUCUCGCUCUGAUUGCAUUUCCAUAAAGAAAUUAUAAAUGUUCUUCCUUGAGCUGCGUCCCCCUGCCUCAGUCAAUGGACUGGCCUGAGGUCUCGCUACAAACAAGUGGCUGCUGGAGGCGAGUAGGUGAGUUGUGUUUUGUCUCUUUGCUAAGAAAACCAGGCAAAGUUAAAAACACUUUGCCCUAUAUGUACUGUUGAUGAAGUAAUGUGCUGUUCUGAGCAUUAUUUGUGGCUAUAAAGCAGCGUUCUGGUUGAGGUUUGUGUGUGGCUCCUCAGACCGCUGUGUAUUACUAUUGUGCGGUCGUUACUAAAGUUGAUAUAACUAGAGAAGCAAGCGGUCGGCAACAUUCAGCUCUCAAGGGGGUGUCUAACUCAGUGUUACGGUGUGUUUGACCCUAAAUUAAUUUUACACCGGAAUAUCCCUUUAAUAAAACCAUCCUGAGUCCUGUGAAAGUCCUGAAGCGUUCUGUUAAGUGUAUAUUUGAUCUUUUUUCACUUGAGAUUGGAGGUAAUACUGAGGAUGAGGUGAAUAUGUGUAGGUGAAGCAGCACUGAAAGCAGCACCCUUCUGCACUGGUGAAUAGUUUAUUAUAAGUUUGAUGAGGUAACGCCAAACAUACCGAUAAGAGGGCAGACUUCUAAAUAUUUCAGAGCAUCAACCAAAGAAUAAGGACCAGUCCUGAUCUGGAUAAUCUAGCUUCAAAGUAAUGCAACUGGAUCAGACUGGGACGAGCAUGUAUGGAUGACUAUUAGGAAGCGGUUUUUACAUGUGGAAGGAGGAGUGAUGAAGAAAUGCUUUCAAGAUAGUCAUCAACACUGAUUUAACAACCACAUUAAAACAUGUCAAUAUUAAACUUUGAGUAAAAAACAAAUAUUAUUGUCCUUAACUUGUUUUUCUACAAUAUUACCAAAUUUGAUUGAAUAAACUGCACAUAAUAUGGACUGUACAUUAUUACAGAUUAGUUUUAUUUUCAUCUUAACCAAUGGUAAGUCUUAAUCUCUCCACCCCCACCAAAACAGGCAGUAUCUUCCCUGUUCAUAACUCAGAACAGAUAAGUAAUAAUAGACAAAAGUAGAACGAUAACUCCGAAACAAACGAGAGCAAUGAUGUAAAGAGAUAAAAACACUCAAAAUGAGAGACAAAGAGUAAUAUUUGCAUGUUUAUGAGGGUUUAACUGUUGGUCGCUUGUGUCUAAAUUUUUGUGUUGAAAUUCCAGCCAACGAUUGCAAAACAAAGCGCAACAUAACUUUCCUAUUACCCAGACAGCUAUUUCCUGGUAUACCUCGUCCAUGAAUUUGUUUCACCAUCCUGCACAUACCGCAGAUGUUGUGUACGAGAAAUGCACCGAACAUUGACUUGUGUUUGUGCGCAGGUGUGAGAUCAGCAAGAACCUGUGCUGCAGGAACCUGGCUGUGGAGAAGGCUGUCAGUGAGCUGCCGACAGAGUGCACCUUCUGCCUAAAACAGUUUCCCCGCUCCAGCUUAGAGAGACACCAGAAAGAAGAGUGCCAAGACAGGUACACAGCAUGCUCACCUUUUUACCUGCACCGAAAAUGCACCUAUCAUCUAAAACAGACCUAGAUUUAAAAUAAAAAAACAGACCCAGAUUCACCCAAAAGGCGUAGAAAAAAAAAGUGGGAUUGUAAUUUAGACAUCCAUGAAGGCUUAACUGUUUAGUGUGUGUUUGUGCACAGUGUCACACACCCACACACAUACAGAGCGUGUCUUUGAGCAUCUUGUGAUCUUCUACAUCUGAACAGAAAAACCAGCGACUGAAGUGAUUAAAGACGCUGUGUUUGUUGUCUGUGACGCUCAGACCAGUUCAGUUUGCAUGCAUGAAAUCCUAGGGGGGUAGUUACUAUAGCAACAGGUGACCCUGCUCAGGACAGAGGUGCCCACGCAAAUGUUACCAUGACGACGGCUGCGACAGCCACCAGGUGGUUUCAGUCGGGUCAGGCAGAAAAAUGAGCUCCGGUUAGGAUCUGAACGCGUCUUACAUAAAGAGGAAGUUUAUGGUGAUGUAACGGUGAUGUAAGAGGACAUUGACAGAGCAGGAGAAGAUCAGUUUGAAACACUCUUUCAAAAACACCUUUUUCUUUUUUACAAAGACCACAGAUACAUGUCGACAGCUGCUUAGAUUUCGAACCUCUGUCCACGCAGUCAUGCAGAUAUGUAUACAAUAUUGACUCAUUAUGCAACCCCCCAUUCCCAAACAACAGAGACACUGUCACAUUUUGAUCGUCUGUAAAUCAUUCAAGCUGCAUAUUUAGUUAAAAACAGCACAAAGAUAACUUAUCAAAACUGAAAAAAUGUUAGUGAAAAAGUUAAAACAAGUUCAAAUAAACACUAAAUAAGUUGUGUAACACUAAAACACACCUAAAACAUCAAAACAAUGAGGUUCAUUUGUCACAGACAGGUUUUAUCUCUCAUCCUUCACUUCUUAGCUUUGGAGCACAUUAGGUGUUCAGCAUAAGUUAGCGCUGUGAUCUAACCAGGUAAGAAGUGAACAACCUUUGUGUAACUGAAAACUUUAAGCUAACUCUGAUAUUGUUAUUUAAGCAGCUUUUACAUGAUUGUUAUUUAACUGUGAGAAAGUUAACAUCUAUUCUCUAAAAAGCCCCCUGAUCCUGGACUUCUCUCUUUGAGUUGGAUUCAGCUCACAUGGAUCAUUAGCACAGUAUUAAUUAGCCCUGGUUCACUGCCUGGGUUAAUUAGUAACUUUUCAUAUUAUUAGUACCUUCCACUCACUGCAGGAAAAGGAUUCAUCACAAAGCACCAUUGUACAGGACACGGUUUAUAUUAAGCUGUGUGUCUUCCUCCUCGUGUUGGUGUUUUAAGUCACACUCGCCUCCGUGUUGCCAGGGUGACGCAGUGUAAGUACAAGAGGAUCGGCUGCCCCUGGCAAGGUCCGUUCCACGAGCUGCCGGCACACGAGAGUGAGUGUUCCCAUCCCACUAAGACCGGUACGGAGCUGAUGGGGAUACUGGGGGAGAUGGACCAGAGUUACCGCAGAGACAUGCAGCUUUAUAACAGCAUCUUUGGUCUGCUCUGCUACGAGAAGAUCGGCUUCACAGGUACAGAGGACAAACAACCUGACAGUAGAAGUGCUUUAAUAUCACUGACAGCUUUUUCCUCCCACUGACGGCCUUUCCUCUUGCUUCAAAUCUGUCUUCCACUCGUGCGUCUGUCCAGAGGUUCAGUUCAGGCCGUACCGCACUGAUGACUUCAUCACCCGCCUGUACUAUGAAACUCCGCGCUUCACCGUCCUCAACCAGACGUGGGUGCUGAAGGCCCGCGUCAACGACUCUGAACGCAACCCCAACCUGUCCUGCAAGCGUACACUCUCCUUCCAGCUCAUCCUUAAAAGCAAGGUACACACACACACGCUGCCCUGUCCUCGUGUUUAUUUUUAACGUUUUUUUAAGUGAGUGGCUGUUCUCAGGGCCGUGAUUCACCGCUCUGUAGCAGAAGUGCUUUAAACAGAGGAGCUGAAGGAGGCCAAAUGUUAAGAAACAGACUUGAUAGUAGGAGAUGGACGAGCUGAGGAGCUGUUCAGUGCAGAGGAGGAACUUUCUAAGAGCUGCAGUGGGUGAAAGUGGUAGUGAAGUUAAUGGGGACAGUUGUUAGUAAAAAGGUGAAUUUAAAGACCCGUGUGCUCUGGGGAUGAUGUUUGAACCCAUAUGUGGAGACAUGUUGUUCUCUAGCACACUGCGGUCUUACUAAAGAGACUCAGUGGAAGUCAAAACUGUUUUUAAAUUGAACACACGGGGAAGUUUUUCUUCAGCACAGAGACCAGUUUUUUCCCCCUUUCAACCAGAUUGAUGUUUUUUUUUUAAUUAGAUCAUAUUUAUGUUUCAUUAUCUAUAAUUUUUGGUUAACAGGAGUCUAAUGAUUAUAAAAACGCAGCCUCCUCUUCUGUCUUCUACAUCAGGCCUCAUCAGCCUCAGAUUUGUAGAUUUUGUUCCAGAACCUUACUCAUCAACUGGCUUUUUAAAACAGAUCUCCUCACUGCUCAGUGAAGUUAAAGUUUACGCCCCUCUCAUUUCCAGUUACGCAUUAUUACUCAGAGUUAGUUAUAGACAGUUAUAGGAUGUAGCUCUGAUUUAGAAACGGUUAAGCUGACUAAAGUUACAGCCUUUACCAGAGCAGAGAGGUUCAGAGGAACUUAAUGCAGAUCUGUUACAUCACACUUUUGUUUCUAUUGUAACUCCCUCUAUGUGUUUUCCUCCAUCAGAGUUAGUUUUGAGAUCCUCUUGAGACUUGGUUUGGAAAUCUUUCUACAUUUCUUUGUCUACGUAGCCCAAAAUUUUACUUUUAUUGCCCCAAAAUCAACUUCUCUAUCAUCAUCUGUAGCUUUGUUGGAUGGUGGUCAUGAUACCGAAACAUGACUACAUGAUAAUUGUGGCAGUAAAAUAUCACAAUAUCAAUAUAGGCGCAGCAUUUCGGGAAAACUUGAAAUAAAACAACAUCAGUCAAAUUCAGGAAAGAGAGGAGCAACACAUUACUUUACAACCUUCACCAAUAAAUGCAGUUAUCAAACAUUUCAUCGUCCAGUUCUAAUGAUGUUCCAAUUCAUGACUGAUCCACAUCACCAGUGCCUCACAAAAGAUGAAACGUUUGUCAUGCUUUUAUUUUGGUGGGUUAUCUGUCUUCCCUUUAGGUUGUGUUAUGACCUACAUCAUGCUUUUAUUUCUUAUUAUUUACAUCUGGUAAAUCGUGAGUUAUGGGACUGAAAAAAAACAAAAAACAGGAAGUACAAAUGUUUGAUUGAUUAGUAACCCCAAAGACGCACAAACUUUUUGUAAUCACAGUAAAUCUUGAAAUGUCAGAGGGUCCACGAGCAGCUGCUGCCUCUCCUCCCUUUCACGACCCAUGGCAGUCAGUCUUAAAGGGAUAUUCCGGUGUAAAAUUAAGUUAGGGUCAAACACACCGUAACACAGAGUUAGACACCCCUUCGAGAGAUGAAUGUUGCCCACUGGUUGCUUCUUUAAUUAUACCAACUACAGCAACGACCGCACAAUAGCAAUACACAGUGGUCUACAUCUACACGUGCAAACCUCAACCAGAACACCACUCUAUAGCCACAAAUAAUGCUCAGAACAGCACCUAACUUCUACAUUUAGGGACCAAGCCAUAGUACUAGCCAUCAAAUAUCUUUUGGAGUGGUAGACUGCUGUGUAUUGCUAUCGAACGGUCAUUACUAAAGUUGGUAUGACUAGAGAAGCAAGCGGUCGGCAACAUUCAUCUCCCUUUAAAGUCCACUUAAAAUAACUCUUUCUUUUCCUGAAGGCUUAUUUUCUGCACGCUACCAAUUUUCAUCACAUUUUCAAAGGCCACUGUCUUCUCUGUUUAUUGCACCUCAAUCCUUGUGUCUGUGAAGAUGCAUCAGGUGCAUUUGAUCAAUCCGUCAUGUUAAAAUUCAUCACAGGUACUAAAUGUUCAAAACAAGCGCUGCACACUUUUGGAAAACACUUCACACUUUUACUAUCUGGGAGACUGUGACCAAAGCUCCAACAAAUACAUAGAGUAAGAUUUGAAUUUUGUAUUCGUGGAACUAAUUUUACUGACAUUUGGCUCUUGAAUAGAAACCAGCCCCCAUCUUAAAUCCAUGUCUUGAAUGUGUGGUUAACCAGUGAAUGUGUUGUUUGUGUGCAGGUGAAUUCAGCGCUGGAGUGCUCCUUUCUGCUCCUGAAGGGGCCGUACGACGACGUGCGGAUCAAGCCGGUCAUCCACCACCACUCCUUCAGCAACGACGCCAACGAGACCGACUACGUCCCCCUGCCCAUCUCCGACUCUGUAGAGUGCAACAAACUGCUGGCCGCCAAAAACAUCAACCUGCGCCUGUUCAUCUUCCAAGUCCAAAAAUAA